AUGGUAUCCGCUCUUCCAAUCGAUGAGGAUCAUCAUCAUGAAUUCUGCAUUGAUCUGCUUCAUGAGUCUCUCAAUGACAACACUCUCCCACUGAUCACCACGACUCCACACAUGCCAGCAACUGUAAGUUUCACAACUGUUUUCCAAAAAAACAACAAUCAAAGAUUCAGAUCAAAACCCAAGAUCGUCCAGUUGUUCUUUACAUGGCCCCAGUCCACAAACAAGAGAACGAGAAGAAGUGCGUGUGUGGAAAGGAUGGUGAUAACAACGCUGCAAACAUUUCGAAGGGAAUUCAAAAAGUCAGCAUUCAGUGA